AUGUAAUAAUGAAAUAGUCUUUUGACCAAUAAAAAAAGAAAAAAAGAAAUAGUCCAUUGACUUUCUCUUAGUCGUCUCUGCAACUUCUAUAUAUACUGUCUCUAGAGAUGAACCAGCUUUUUGCAUUUCAAUCUUUGGUAAUUUUUCAACAUGGAGACGACGAGAUCUCUAGAAAUAAAUGUGACGUCAGCAAAAGGGCUUGAGAAAGUCUCUAAGAUGGAUGUUUUCGUGGCGGUCAAGUUAUCCGGCGAUCCCAAAUGCUCCGACCACCGUGAGCAGCGGACACAAGUGGCUAGAGACAGUGGAACAAGCCCCAGGUGGGUCGACGGCCUAAUGAAAUUCACCAUCGACCAAACUUUAGCUGAGGCCAACCGGCUUGUGCUCACAUUCAAGAUCAAAUGCGAGCAACGUGGAGGAGGAGGAGGUGAUAAAGACAUUGGCGAGGUUCACGUUCCGGUGAAGGAGCUUUUAGAUCAUCUCGGAAAGGAUAAGGCCGGUCAAAGAUAUGUCACCUACAAAAUCAAGAAGACCAACGGAAAACCAGGAGGAGACAUCAGUUUCACUUAUUCCUUCACCGGUCCGGUGGCUGUUGCGAGCGGCGUUGGAUGCUCACGUUACAUAGCUCACGAGCCGGUUCGUCCCCCUGCAGUGACGUGCAGGCCAGUUUCGAACGGACCCGUGUUGAGUCAGUUGCUUCCAAGCGUUGGAUCGUUUAGUUACGGUCACGUUCCUUCUCAUCAGCCACCGGUUUAUCCACCGUUGGCUCAACCGGAGGUUCUGCCUCCGACAUGUUUCCCCGGCUUGUAUCCACCUCAUGGCUAUCCGAUGAGUUAUACACCGGAAAGUGCACCGACAAUGUAUACAUCUAUAUUUCCUGGCUUGUCAUGUCCACCUGAAGGCUAUCCUAAUGCGGCUCCGCCGCAGACACAACCGGCGCUAUACCCACCGAUGAAUCCUUACCGAUUUUAACGGGUCAACUCGUCGGUGAAAAGUCGUUGAUAAGGAGAUUUGUAGACGUUUACUUCUUUCUUUUUUCUAUUCACUUUCUAUUUAUUUUUCAAACAGAAAAUAUAUUGUUUGCUUGUUGUUGAUUUUAUUAUCAUUGAAAAUCUUGAAUAUAUACAAAAUUAAAAAUUUAAAGAAACUAAUUUCAAAUCAAUAUGAAAACAAUUUAAUAAAAAUUAGAUAAGAAUGCUAUUGGUUGCGAGAUUUAUGUAACAAGCAAAAAUACUGGUAACAAAUAAAACAGAACAUA